UAAUUAUUUUAGAAAGUAAUAUAAAGUUCUUUAACCACUCUGUUUUAGGAAUAACCUAAAUUUAAACACUCCUCCGGAGGGCCCUCAGAAAGCCAUCACUUUAUGAAUCAAAUAACCGCACCUAAAGAAUUGUAAAUAAUGGAAGACAAGCAAAGAAUGCUUGAAAAAUGCAGCCAUAUGGCAUUAAAGCAUGCUGACGCCGAGUCGGAGUUGGAUGAUUGUCCAAAGUGCUCAAGUCAGUGCAAAGAUCUUGUCAUUCACUUUUUCAAUUUUUUAGAUACGGAUCGUGAUAAAAUUCAUUUAUUGAUUGAUCACACUACAACAACUCUCAAUUUCAUGGAUCAGGAGUAUCAUGGAUUACCAUACAUUAUGUCCUUUUACAUCAACCUACCAAGAAGUGAACAUGUCCUUAAAAAUAUUGAAGCUGAAAGACUCAGAGAGUACAAGGAAAAGGAGUGUAUAGGUUACAGUGUUAAUGUUCGCGGUACUAUUACCUUUGACGGAGAUAUUGGCACUGAAAAGUGGUUUCAACAGAAAUUCAUAAUUUUAGAAAUUAAUGAAAAAUUCAAAAUACUUGAAAUGGAGUUUCAAUAUUUAGAAAUCGAGUUUCAACAUUUAGAAGAAUAAAGACCGAUAUCAUUUUUCGUAGCUAA